GAUCGAUAAACCAGUGCAUCACUGUGAGAUUAGCAGCAUAAUCUUCACAGGUGGAGGAUAUCACACGGGGAGAACACGUGCUGGAUAGCUAGAGCUCAUUUGCUUCCGAGUGUGCUGACUCCAUGCGCCCCAUCAUGUGCGCCACUUAAAAGAGCAGUUGUGGACCGUAUUCUGUGAAACGAAACAAAUGUACCAUGACCUACAAACAUCCCGUUGACAUCCAAACAGGUCAUUUUGACCUCGACGUAUCCGGGGUCGCAGGGUUCUUUGGGGGUGAAGAAGCCAUCUCUGCAAUGCAAACCAUUCAUCUUUACAAGUACCGAAAAUAUAUGGGAUGGUACAACUCACCUGGCAGCUGGAACGUUGGCAAAAAGUUCGGAAUGCUCGCAAAUUCGCGUUUGUGGGACGGACUUUUCCCCGGACCUAAUGAAGACCCCGCAAAAUUCUUCGAGCUUGAUGGCAAGCAGGGCCCAAAGUAUGUUGCCUCUAGAUCCGGAUCCAUCCUGGAGCACACCGGCCACCUUGCGUAUCUGAUGAUGCAGAUAUGUAAGGAAGAGUUAGGAGUGCAUGUAGGGGGAAGGGUCACGAAGCGGAAUAACGUGACUCUUGUCCAGACACAACUCGUUUUUGAGGAAUCAACGGCAAAAGAGAAACCGCCAGUACGCACGAUCCAACCUCAUGACGGGCGUCAAAAAUACGUUGCAAUUCUACCGAUAGCCGUCAGCUUCACCACAUGCGCACUUUGCGGAUGGACAUACGACUGGUUCUGUUGUUCGAUGAUCCUUCUUGGCAUCAUCUCAAACGGCAUGGCCUCCUUGGUCAUAGGGUCCGCAAGUUUAGAACUGCAAGGUGUGAAGUCAGCACCUACGGCUCCGCCCGGAGACGGAAUGCUGAUGGACGGCGAUAAUGUCGUCCUCCUGCUCGGGAAAGAGGAAGACGUCGCUACCAUUACGAGAGGCAGGUUCACUCUAAGCUAUGAGCCUUGGGUUAAGAUGAGGAGCAAGAAGGAAGAGAGGAAACGUUUCGUUCUUAGAGACGGAACGGGGUCGACCAAAUCAAACCGCAGAGGCGAUGCAGAGGACGGUUUUCGAAACAUUUCUUUAGACCAAGGUCCAAACCAUGAGGCCGUACCCGUUAAGGACGAGUAUGCUGCUAUUGGAUCGUGUUCGCUCCUGCUCGUCGCACAACUCCUUGCGCAACUGCUCUUGAUCCCCCAGGGCACAUUCUUUGGUCAAAUCAUGUUCCUGUCCUCUUUCGCAGCUUCGUGGGCGUACAACCUGUACUUGUCCUCAAUCGACAACGAGCAUAUCCAGGAAGAGUUACUCCUAGAAGCACUCAAUCUGAAUGAGCAACAUAUGCGGACUUACAGCCUUGGCACGAGAACAACUGCCGCCGUAUUCGCAUGCCUGAUGCUCCAGCCUCCUGGUGUUUAUGAAGAAUCGGAGUGGAAGAGACUAGGUUUCGAACCAGAAGGUAUCAUCCGCAAAUUCAUUCCAAAUGAUACGCCAGUAUGGACGACAUGGAGAGAAAAGGUCUUGGGUGUAAUGAGAGACCAGAAAGUUUGCAGCCGAGACACUUGCUACGAUUUGCUACAGAUGAGCGACCAGGAGAAAGAUAUGUUCAAGCCCAAUGACCAAAAGCUUCUCGAAAACCUGUUAGAGGACGCUCGCACCGCAUACGAACUGGCUGUGAACGAAAAGCUUUGGCUUAAGUGUGGCUGA